AUGGGUGGAGGUGGAAAGAUCCCGUACCCCAAGGAAGUUUGGUCCCCCGCUGGUGGUUGGUACGCCCAGCCGGCCAACUGGAAGGUCAACACCGCUGUCAUGGGUGCCUUUGUUAUCGGUGUCGCUGCCAUUGCCUUCACCACUAGCGCCGACCGCGAAUACCGCGAUCGCAUGCCUGAACCCGGCAGAUUCUUCCCUAGCCGAUACUGGAGCCGACAAAUCCGUGAACACGAGGCACAGCAGGCUGCAAAGAACGAGUCAUAA